AUGAAGGUUACGAUCAAUUCCGCUCACUUCGCCGCGACUUGGCACUGGUCCGUCCCACCGGACGAAGUCUGCGGUAUCUGCCGUGUCCCGUUCGACGGCUGCUGUCCCGAAUGCUCCAUCCCUGGUGACGACUGUCCAUUAAUUUGGGGCAAAUGCACACACGUAUACCACUUGCACUGUAUCCUCCGUUGGAUCAACUCGGAGAACUCGAAGGGACAAUGUCCGCUUGAUAGACAGCCAUGGGUCACUGCAACAUAGCGAUUCGCACCCUCGUCAGAAUGCUCUUCCAACGUU